AUCCCUCCACCCCAUCGCACGCCACGACACAACGCAACAUAAACAUAGCACCACCACGCCACUGCCGCCUGCCUCCCACAACACGCCUCGCCCUCUCCCUCCGCUGCGCAGUUCGCUUGCUCACUCUUGGGUGAGCUCGCCCCGAGCCGUACCGGCGGGGGCAUUGCCGGCGACGAGGAGCGGAGCGGCGGAGGAGGCGGAGGAGGAGGAGGGGAGGCAAGAUGUUCGGGCGGGACCCGUGGGGCGGGCCGCUGGAGAUCUCCAAUGCGGACUCGGCGACGGACGAUGACCGGAGCCGGGACCUGGACAGGGGGGCGCUCAUGCGGCAGCUGGACGAGACGCAGCAGAGCUGGCUCCUGGCCGGGCCGGGCGACCAGGCCGGCAAGAAGAAGAAGAAGUACGUCGACCUCGGGUGCAUGGUCGUCGACCGCAAGAUCUUCAUGUGGACCGUCGGCACCAUCGUCGGCGUCGGCCUCUUCAUCGGCUUCAUCAUGAUGAUCGUCAAGCUCGUCCCCCACAAGCGCCCCCCGCCACCGCCGCCCGACCAGUACACCCAGGCCCUGCACAAGGCGCUCAUGUUCUUCAACGCGCAGCGAUCUGGUCCGCUGCCGAAGCAUAACGGCGUCAGCUGGAGGGGGAAUUCUGGCAUGAAGGAUGGCCUCUCCGACAGCACCGCCCGGAAGAGCUUGGUCGGAGGCUUCUACGAUGCAGGAGACGCCAUCAAGUUCAACUACCCCAUGGCCUGGUCCAUGACCAUGCUCAGCUGGAGUGUGAUCGAGUACAAGGCAAAGUAUGAGGCGAUUGGUGAGCUCGACCAUGUGAAGGAGCUGAUCAAGUGGGGCACAGAUUACCUCCUCAAGACCUUCAAUUCAUCCGCCGAUACCAUCGACCGGGUCGUUGCCCAGGUGGGUAUAGGUGACACCUCAAAAGGUGGCGCCCAACCGAAUGACCACUACUGCUGGAUGAGACCAGAGGAUAUCGAUUACCCCAGGCCUGUCACUGAGUGCCACUCUUGCUCAGAUCUUGCCUCCGAAAUGGCUGCUGCUCUUGCUGCAGCUUCCAUAGUGUUCAAGGACAGCAAGACUUACUCUGACAAGCUUGUCCGUGGUGCAAAGGCCCUGUACAAGUUCGGUAGGCUGCAGCGUGGGAGAUACAGCCCCAAUGGCUCUGAUCAAGCAAUUUUCUACAACUCCACCAGCUAUUGGGAUGAGUUUGUGUGGGGAGGUGCGUGGAUGUACUUUGCCACAGGGAACACAACAUACCUGUCGGUUGCAACAGCUCCAGGAAUGGCAAAGCAUGCUGGAGCAUACUGGCUCGAUAGUCCAAAUUAUGGAGUUUUUACCUGGGAUGACAAGCUUCCAGGAUCUCAGGUUCUUCUCAGCAGGUUGCGGCUUUUCCUAAGUCCUGGAUAUCCAUAUGAAGAAAUACUGAGAACGUUUCACAACCAAACGGACAAUGUUAUGUGCUCAUAUCUGCCGAUGUAUAAUUCAUUCAACUUCACUAAAGGAGGAAUGAUACAACUCAACCAUGGAAGGCCUCAGCCGCUUCAGUAUGUUGUCAAUGCAGCUUUCCUUGCUUCUCUAUACAGUGAUUAUCUGGACGCUGCAGAUACACCAGGGUGGUAUUGUGGACCUACUUUCUAUACUACAGAAGUUCUCCGCAAGUUUGCAAGGUCACAGCUUGAUUACGUCCUAGGUAAGAACCCACAAAAGAUGAGCUAUGUUGUGGGUUUUGGAAAUAAGUACCCCAAGCGCCCUCAUCACAGAGGUGCAUCGAUCCCUCAUAAUGGUGUCAAGUAUGGAUGCAAAGGAGGCUUUAAAUGGAGGGAGACUAAAAAGGCAAAUCCUAAUAUCCUUAUUGGAGCAAUGGUUGCUGGCCCUGACAGGCAUGAUGGCUUCAAAGAUGUCCGCACGAACUACAAUUACACAGAGCCUACCCUUGCUGCAAAUGCUGGCUUGGUGGCAGCCUUGAUUUCCCUCUCUAACGCCAAAACUGGAAUCGAUAAGAACACCAUCUUCUCUGCAAUUCCUCCUAUGUUUCCAACUCCCCCACCUCCACCAUCAGCUUGGAAACCAUGAAGAAUCAGAUCGCUGAAUAUUUCCUCAGCAUCAAACGGAGGGAGAGACAGAUGGUUGUUUGGUAUAGCACAGGACAUAUACAGAAAGCAGACAACACGAGCUUACAGAGCCUCUAUUUUCUGUAUCAGUAUGGCAGAUCGGUAUAAAAUCAUCUGUCAACAAUAGACCGGGAUGUUGUGUGCACCUUGUGAAACUAAUUUUUGGGGUCCUUGUUGUUAUUCAUUCUGAGCUCAUGUGUGAAGUUCUUUUUGUAGAAAUGGAACCUUUAUAAACUGUUUUAUAGGAGUGACUUUGUCAUCAUACUAAAGGAUUUCUAAACCUUUAUACACCUUCCUUGAUCCCA